ACUACUGCUACUACUACUACCGCCAGUCUGUGCUAGCUAAGACCUGCUUCCUGAUCCUGGUCUAUGCACCUGCAAUGACAAGCAAGACUCCAUGUCCACAUUUGCUCUCAAUUUCGCCACAGACAAGCGCACCUUUGCCAUCCAAGUUCGCUGCGUCGCUGUUCUCAGACGCGCUGCAAUCCCCUUGACUUGCUUAUCUGGGCCCUCUCAUCUGAUCACCACGACAGAUCAAGCUGCUCUUGCCUGUAUCAAGCAGUCCCUGUAUACAAGUCGCUUUGAUGCGUCUGGAGAAACGCAUCGAUGUCUGUUGAUUGAAGCUAAUGAAUCGCGUUGGUUGCUCUAUGGACAAAAACAGCUGGAUGCGAUGCAGGUGCGCUUCUUUGCUCGUGUUCUUGUUCCUAUGGCAACAAUCGAGCAACGCAGAUUACUGCUAGAUGUCAAGCCAAGGGCGGAUAGAGGUGCACAAUUCUUGUCGUUAAGAAAACGAAGGGCUGUGGAUACGUUUGUCAAGGAGAGCAAGAAGAAGAAGCAAGUACGUCGCAUUUCGCCACAAAAAGUGGUGGUGGUGUCGGAAGCAGCAUCGCAAGCAGCUUCGUCUGUUGGUCCAAGUGGUGCCGACCCCACUACAUCGUCCUCUGGUCCGAGUAGCACCAUUCAGCAGCGUCUCGAUACGGCAACGACGAGAAAAGCAACAGCAAAGGAGAAGCAGACUGUAUCGAGUCUUCCGCCAGCACAAGCACAAGAGAGACGUGCAAAGGAUAAAUUGAAACGUAUCAUCUUGACCUCAUUGCGUGCUCAAGGUAUCGACAAGGGUCAUACGCAAUUUGGUGAUUUAUUUCAACAUACCUUGCAAGCUGGCUCCUUUGCCCUUCGACAAACAUCAUGGACGCCAGAGCUGGCAUGGGAGCGAAAGGCGAUUGGUGUUGUGGAGGACUUGUUGAGGAUGUUUAGGUGAACUUUCUCGAUUGAGCCUUGUCUUCUGCUACAUUGGGUAACGCAUGCUUUGCCAAGGGCUUACUAUCUUCUACCUGUUGGGAACUGCAUAUCAGGGACAACUAUUUUCGGUCAUGUCGAGCGUGACAUUGACACGCAACAGAGCAGGAGUCCUGUAUCUGCGUCCCAGGCCCGACAGCGUGUCAGUAGGCCUCGGCUUGUGUAAAAAGGAACCAGUCACUUUUGCCAUGCAUCUGCUGACUGUGAUUGAUGCUUGUGUAGAGUAUGCCCUUCUGUAUUGGAUAGAAUGCGAUGGAUCAAGUGAGAGAGAGAGUGAGAG